UCUCAGCUUGAUAAAGAAGGUUUGGCUGUGAUCUUUGGAAUUAAAAGGUUCCACAAAUACCUCUAUGGACGAAACUUUACAAUUGUAACGGACCACAAGCCCUUGAUAUCCCUGUUCAAUGAAACUAAACCUGUUCCUCAGAUGGUGUCACCACGUGUUCAGCGUUGGGCUGUAUGGCUCAGAGCUUAUGAGUAUCAGAUUGUGUAUAGACCUGGAAAGCAGCACAUAAAUGCAGAUGCCCUCAGUAGGCUCCCCCUUCCAGAAACAUCACCUGCUGAGGAAGAGGAGGAUCUGGUGCUGAUGCUGGAUGGAAUGGAUGAUGCGCUGGUGACCACGGAACAAAUAAGACAUUGGACAGCUAAAGAGGUGACAUUGUCACGAGUGCAGGAGUAUGUCUUAAAAGGAUGGCCUUCUACAGUGGAGCCUGAACUCCUGCCUUACUUCACCAGACGCUGGGAGCUCAGUGUGAGAGAUGGAUGUGUUCUGUGGGGGGCUCGUGUCAUUAUUCCUCAGAAAGGAAGGAAAACUCUGUUAAAGUUGCUGCAUCAGUCCCACCCAGGAAUGUGUAGGAUGAAAGGACUAGCUCGGUCAUAUGUCUGGUGGCCACAGAUGGAUCGAGAUGUUGAGAGGGAAGUAAACCAGUGUGACGCAUGUCAACAGCAUAGCAUGUCUCCCUCUACAGCACCCUUACAUCCCUGGGAAUGGCCAGAAAAGCCUUGGACACGACUCCAUGUGGAUUAUGCAGGUCCAUUUUUGGGUAAACUGUUUUUGGUGAUUGUUGAUGCCCAUUCUAAAUGGAUGGAUGUAUAUCCAGUGACUACAGCAACCUCACAUGCAACCAUUGAAAAGCUCAGACAAAGUUUCAGUGUCCAUGGAUUGCCACAGAUGUUGGUGAGUGAUAACGCUACCUGUUUUACAAGUGCUGAGUUUGCUGAUUUCAUGUCUAAAAAUGGGAUCAACCAUGUCACCUCAGCCCCUUUCCAUCCUUCAUCAAAUGGACUGGCCGAAAGAGCAGUUCGAACCUUUAAGGAAGGGAUGAAGAAGAUACAAGGAGGAAAUGAGAGCUUGGAAGCAAAAGUGUCCAGAUUCCUUUUUAGUUACAGAAUCACUCCACACUCUACUACAGGCUUGUCACCAGCUGAAAUGUUGAUGUCAAGGAGACCUAGGUCUGCCUUGGAUCUGUUACUUCCAGACAUGAAGGCUAAGGUGGUAAAGAAACAGUGGAAACAAAAAGUUAAUCAUGACACGCACACAAAGCUCAGAAGUUUUGCACCUGGGAAUCCUAUAUUUACAAAAAACUAUGGAAAUGGUCCCAAAUGGAUUCCUGGAACGAUCGAGAGCUGCACAGGUCCCCUGUCAUGUACAGUCCUCAUAGGAAAUGGACAGAUCGUGAGGAGACAUAUUGAUCAAAUCAGGAAGAGAGAGUCUAGUGGUGUUCCUGAUAUAGAUCCUAGUACACCUCAGGCUGUGAGCAGCCCAUCUCUUAUGGAGACAGAACAAGUACAGUCCCCUGAGGUCCGGAUCCCUGACUCUUCAUCCCAUGUGGAGGACUCUGGGAGUACCCCACUGAUACUGGGGAUGUAUGUUGUCUGCAGACCUGAGAAGGGAGGAUGUAGUAUCCUAAAUACUUCUGGAGUUAGAUAG